UUUUUGCAGCCCGUGUAGUUUUGUUUGCUCCCUCCUGUCACCACAGCGUGUAAACAUUCAUACACGGAACAGAUCCGUGGUGAAACGCUACUUCUGGGCGGCAGGAGCCCUCUUAUUUUAUUUUAUUCAUCAAUAAACCUGAGCAGGGAGUGAGACUGUCCAGGUAGUUCCGCUGUAUAUUUAUAUGAAUAUAAAAAAGGAAAGGAGAAGCUGGUGGACGCUUUCAUUGUGAGGUGGACCGAGGUACAGCAGCGAAAGCGGGGCUCGCUGAACCACCAUGGCAGCGGCGACUGUUGUGGAGGCAGAUGCGGCGACAAGCGACGACGGAGCGGCUUUCUCCGACGUGCACAGUCGGGAAUGGGAUGAGUCCCAGUUCCGAAAAUACUCGUUCCCAACCAAGCCCAUUCCCCGGCUGUCUUACACGGAUCCCAGAGCAGAGAUGCUUAUAAACAACGAGGAACCGGUGGUUUUAACGGACACCAACCUUGUAUACCCAGCACUGAAGUGGGACAUCCCAUACCUCCUGGAGAACAUUGGAAAUGGAGACUUCUCCGUUUACAGUUCGGAAAACCACAAAUUCCUCUACUACGAUGAGAAGAAAAUGUGCAACUUUAUGGACUUUGUUCCCAAGUCUCGUCGAAUGGAGAUGAAGUUUUCUGAGUUUGUGGAUAGCAUGCGUAAAAGAGAAGAAGAGGGAGGAGAGGAGAGAGUCUAUUUGCAGCAAACACUGAAUGACACAGUAGGAAAGAAGAUUGUUGUUGAUUUUCUUGGUUUCAACUGGAACUGGAUCAACAGACAGCAAGCCACGCGGAACUGGGGGCCGCUGACGUCCAACCUUCUGCUGGUUGGCAUGGAGGGCAAUGUGACGCCGGCACAUUAUGACGAGCAGCAGAACUUCUUUGCACAGAUAAAAGGCCAUAAGAGAUGCAUCCUCUUCCCCCCAGACCAGUUUGAGUGUCUCUAUUCUUACCCUGUCCAUCACCCAUGUGACAGACAGAGCCAAGUUGAUUUUGAUAACCCUAACUAUGAGAAGUUUCCAAAUUUUAAAAAUGUUGUUGGCUAUGAAGCUGUUGUGGGACCUGGAGAUGUUCUCUACAUCCCUAUGUAUUGGUGGCAUCACAUCGAGUCAUUGUUGAACGGCGGAGUGACCAUCACGGUUAACUUCUGGUACAAAGGAGCUCCAACACCGAAGAAGAUAGAGUACCCUCUGCGAGCUCAUCAAAAAGUUGCCAUCAUGAGGAAUAUUGAGAAAAUGCUUGGAGAAGCACUUGGAGAUCCCCAUGAGGUCGGGCCGUUACUAAAAACAAUGAUCAAAGGGCGAUAUGAGCAGGGCCUCAGUUAGAGCUCCAACGUUGCAACUCUUGAAUGGACUGCUCCACAAACUGUUUGCAUGUGAAGUGUGUGUGUUUUUUUAUUUUUCUUUUCAGUGUGCAUCCUGUCAUUGGAGCUAAGCGCCAGUGCAUGGCCGUAAUCAGCCGUAAUUUAAAUAACUCUGCAUCGGUCUCAGAACGGCGUUUUCAUAACAACUGUGCCGAGUAAAGGAAGAAAAAUGAAUCAAACCAUUGGGAUUUUCAUCCAACUUGAAGAUGCUUUUUUUUGCCUUUGGAGAGAAGAAAUGAAGACGUAUUUCUUUGAAUCAGUGUUUCCUUAAGUCUUACAAUUUCUGCUUUUAGCCUUAAGUUUUAAUAUUUGUAUCUGCGAGGAAACAGUGUUUAAGAGUACUUGUUUAGAUGAGGGGUAAAAUAUUACAGAGAACACAUAAAGAGAUACCUUAUCUAUAAGGAAUAAACAGUUGCUGCUCGAGUACAAUAUUAAGUUCUUAUCACAAAACAACUUUAGAAAUGAGUGUUCUGUGAUGAUUUAUCUACAUUAGGUAAUUUCGUACUAAUGUGCAGUCAUUUAUUAGCAAGACUGGCCAUGAUUUCAAAAUAUCAAAAUCAGUUGCUUUAUGAUGAUGAUAAAUGUAUGGCUGUGAAACAGAGGAUGCAGCUGAAGGUAUACGAAUAAUUUUUAUAAGUGCUUUUGGUUGUCUUUAAUUUGUAUCUUAAGUGCUUUAUUGGAUUUGCAGCCAAGAAAUCCAGUUAGAGGAUUGCUGAAAAUAAAUGUUACAACUUUAGUUGCUAGUACUAGUUUCUCUUAAAUUGUAAUAAAUUACACCAAGUUAAAAACGGUACAAAUGAUAAUUAUAUUGUACCAGUUGACUGAACUAGUCUAGACUAGAACUAGACCAAGUGCUGGCAUGAAGCUUUGUAAAAGCAAAUGUUGCGAAGCUUAAAGCACCAUCUAGUGGUCAGGUUUGAAAUAGCUUCUUAAGCUGUCCCAUUUAUUUUAGAAUAGGAAACUAGAAAUAAAAUCAGUAAGCAAUAUUUAGGCUCCAUUAUUGUAACCUCUGAGUCAUCAAUGAUCUGACAUGCACUUGUCCCCUUUUUUUUCACAGCCUGUGUAAAGGUAAAUGCUAAUCAGCCUUUAACUUACUGUAAAUGUCCGUUAAGGUCUCUAGUACAGGUCGACACUAGAGUUUCUUUGCUUCAAACAUUUCUGAGCAGUUUUUCGAUGCUGCAGAUCCGAGUGAAACGAGAAGCAGAACAUCGUGUGGCGUGCCAAACAAAUUGAGCUUCAUGUUCAGAAAGUUGGUGUUGACACAGAUUUUCUUCCUGUUAACUGAUGGUGUGCAUAUGUAUAUUUUUUACUUAUUGCACUCUAUUCAAAUGGUUUUAAUUCAUGUGUAAAAAUGCAUCUGGGUGGGUUUUUUUAUGUGAAUUGUUUACUGAAUGCAUUUGCCUGAUACAUGGCAAAAAAAAAAAAAAAAGGAAGGUGAUGUUAAAACUUUUCUAUAUUAUGGUGAUUGUGUUUGUUUUCACUUUGGCAUUAAAAGGUUUAAAUGUGAAA